AUGGCGGAGACGCGCGUUGUCGCGGAUUUCGCGGGACAAUGCAGAACAGAUUCGCCGAGACUGUCGCCGAGGAUGGGAAGCGCCGUCUGCUCGCGAGAGGGCGGUACCUGCCAACGCGAGGAUGCACGUUAAGGGGACUAUCUUCUUGAUUGAUUGCGUAGUUGCGAAUGGUGCGUCUUGUCAGACCCACCUAACUUAACCCAACCUAACGAUACAGCGUCGUUGGACAUACUAGCGUUAUUUUGACCCGAGAGCGAGUCCACAGCUGAUAGUGCGUCGCGUACGUCGCAGUAGGUGAUAGUGCAUUAUAAUAUUACAACGAACAUGAAUUUGACACCUAGAAGAUCGUACAAAGAAAGACGUACGUUUGAACAGCGAUGGGUCAGUGCGGAAGAAAUCAGAUCUCUGCAUCCAAAUAAAAUUCCUAUCAUUGUGGAGCGUUAUAAAUUAGAGAAUCAACUGCCACUUUUGGACAAAAGCAAAUAUUUGGUGCCAGAUUUUCUAACUGUGGCGGAAUUCUGUAAAAUAAUCAGACGUCGGUUGCAGCUAAAUCCAACACAAGCAAUUUUCUUAUUAGUAAAUCAGAAAAGUAUAGUAAGCGGAAGUUUAACUAUGGCUGAGCUGUAUCAGAAUGAAAAAGAUCCAGAUGGUUUUCUUUAUAUCGUGUUUGCCAGCCAGGAUGUAUUUGGUGGUCAUUAACAUCAGAGGCAAAACAACUGAGUAAAAACAAAAUACCUCCUUGGCACUUAAAAAUACCUUGAUAGAUGUUUACGUGAAAUUUUGUGGGGAUUUAGAUCUGCUAGCAACUCUAUCUGCCUUUAAUUGAUUGUGCAGAAUCUUUGUGAUCAACUGACGGUACCUGCUGGAAUAAUUAACAGAACAAUCAUAUUUGGAACCUAUAUAUAAAAUCAUUACGGUGCUUUCUACUUUUGACACAUGGAUAAAUUACAUUUGAUAUAUAAGUUAGCAUAGCAUCUACUUAGUUUACUACUAAUAAUGGCAAUUUCUAUUGUUAAUUUUAAUAGCAAUAGGCUACAUAAUGAUAAGUUAUAGGUAAAGAUGUGUAAUGCAGAUUUCACUUUUUCUUUUUUUAAUGGGUAUAAGGAAAAGAUUUAUGGAGAUUCAUCUUCUGGUUUUUCCCAUAUGUAUCCACACUUUCAUCUUCAUAAAAACAAAUUUGUGAUCAUAAUAAGUUUCAAAUAUGGUUUUUGUUCAACUUGAUUAUUCUAUUACAAGUAAUUUAUAUAAUAGGCCAGUUUCUUAGUUUGUUUAGACCAAUUUAAAAUUUACAUAAUUAUUUCAAUAGCUUUUGUAUAUAGUGUUGUUUAUUGCCAUUACACAAACAUCUAAAUAUGAGAACAAAAUCAAAAUGGAUAUAAUACUAGUUCAACAAAAUUCUCGUUUUUUAAGAUUCCACUAAUAUUUUUGACUAAUGAUAUACUUUUAUGUGUUUCUGAUUAGUUUCCUCAAGACUAUUGAUGAAAAUAUCUUUCUAUGAUAAAAUCUUCAAGUAUUAUUUUUAUCACACAAUACUAAGACAUUAACAAAAGUGUUCAUGUAUAUAAUAUGCAGUGUGAAAUGUACGGUGAUAUGUUAAAUUCUUGUGAAAUUAUAUUUAAGUUUUACACAGGAUAUAUGAAUUUGCGCUCCAUCGAAUUCACAAUAUACAAUGAAGGUACUUGGAUACUAUUUUAAUUAGAGAAAAUUCUCUCUUCACAGUGUAAUGUUUUUAGAUAACUUGACAAAGUAUCCUCUUUUGUGGUAUACUUAUGCAAUAAGUUACCAAAAGCGCAAAAAUUUAUUAUUAAGGAAUUAUGCAAGAAAAUCAGAAUGAAUGCAAGUAUGUUUCUGAAACUUUUUAAAUAUUGCAUAAAAAUAGUUAAAUAUUUGUACAUUGAUAUAUAGUAUCUUUAAGCUUCAAGUCUACAUUAUAGCUGAAAUCCUGAUAUCCAUUGUUUUGUGCAUCUACAUUAUAUAACAGUCAUAUUUUUUCUCAUGUAAAUAAGUACUAAAAUACUUGUGUGUUAUACUGUAUAAUCAGAUGCAAUUUUAAAUUUAAGACUAUAUUUCUAAUAAUAGUGAAACUUUUUUUAAUACUGUGGUACAAAAUAUUGUAGCUUUUAUGCAAAUUAACUUUAUUUCAUAAGCGAUUGGCAUUGUAUGAUAAUUUUUAAGUAUUAUGCAAUUUUGACAUAGUCAUCAUACAACGCAAAAUAUUUAACAAGAAACGAAAUAUAUCCUAAUAAGAAUGUUUUAAUCGCACUUUCUUACGCUUUCUACGCUUAAAAUGAAAUAGGUAUAUAUCCGAGCUUUGGAGAGAGAAAAGAGACAAGGAAUAAAGCGUAAAAAGUGCAAUUGAAACAAACAUAGCUAGGAUUAAAUUAAGGACAGUAGUGAUACUAGCAGUAGUUAUAUUACAUUUUAUGAUAAAGCUUUCGUAAUAAAUAUACAGAAAGAAAGCUGUAUGUACCCUUCCCCCACAUUGUGCGACAUUUGCAAUAAACUAAUCUUUUUCAUA